AUGUUUUCAAAGGAUAUGCUAUGUUCCUGUCACGAAAUCAUCCUUGGGUUGAAGGAAAAUGUCGAAAAAAUGUCCACUUUGCUUUUGAACUCCAAGCGACCCGGCGUGCAGUUUGAGGAUAAAUGGCAUGAACUCAAACCUACAGUGAACAAGCUUCUAAAACAACAGGCCGUUACGACCCAAGAAUGGCAGAAUCUGUUCUGGUAAGUAAAACAAAUAAUAUGCCGGUCGAUCGAGAGACUCAGCGCAUCAGACCAUAUUCAUUCUUAGCUAUUUUUUCCCAUUGAUUAGGAUCGCAUAGCGGUUUUAAAAACUCAGAAAAGCGACAUUUUAUAAUUAUACACUCAUAGUUGUUUUUUUGUUCAAAUCGACGUGCUAUUUGUAAAGUCUGGCAGUCGUGUCGUUUUUCCAUGCACUGCGUCUACUCUUCUCCAACCUGCUCAUUUGUCAAACAAGAUCAUGUUGUACAUUUGAAGAGAUAACAAUAAUUAUUAUUGUUGUAGUUGUUGUUUCCUCAGGGUGUGGGCAUUUGAUCACUUAAAAUGAACUUUUGAUGGGGCAUUUGAAUGGUUUUUUGGCAGAAAGUUGUUGUCCGAAGAUGUUGGAGUUGAAAUUUUUAUUUAUUCACCUGCUUGUUCACUUUGCCUUAGAUUUGCUAAAGAUAAAGUCCCACGUUUGGUCUAUUUUCGCAUUUUUUGCGGGGGGAUCUAAAAUACAGGUCACUUUUCCACAUGUCAGAGUACAGAACACCAUCAUACAGAUAAAUGAAAAGCAUUAAAAGUGUCUCCUAGCCCUAAUCUUUUAACAAUUAUGCUCUAUUAGAUUGAGGGGAAUCUUUUUGGUUUGCUAAUUUAUUGAUGGAGCAGUGACCUGUUCUUUAGACCUUGCCAGACAUGUUGGUGUGAAAAUCAAGUCUGUAUGGAAAUACAAAGUCCACUAAUUCUUGCUAAUUGAAUAUAUUUGCCACUUUCCCUUUGCAAACAUUAACUAAUGAACUUAAAACUACACACUAAAUUUGGAGUGCAUAGCAGUCCUUUGUUGCUUUUUAGAAAACCUAAGUUCUUCCAUAUCUUUUCUGUAAUCCGACAACACAAUAACUACACAUAAUGUGUGGAAGAAGUGAAAUUUUCUAAAAAGGGAUAAGGGACUGCUGUGCUGUCCACAUUUAGUGUAUAGUUCAUUAGUUAAAGUUUGCAAAGAGAAAGCAACAAAUAUAUUCAAUUAGGAAGAAUUAGUUGACUUUGAAUUCCCAUAAAAACUUUUGACUUUCCCGCCAUCUUGUCUUGAUUACCCAGCAUGCCCUCAAAACCAUGAACGGGUCUUUAGGAAACAUGGUGAACAAAUAGACAAAGCUGAAAUUUGGCCAGCAUGUUCUACAGUCAGUAUUUAGUGCUUACUGACUAGGCUGUGCUCCAGGGAAAAUUGAAGGGAGCCCAGUGCUUUGAAACUGUGAAAUCUAGGGUGCCCAGCAUAUGAUUUGUAUGAAAAAAAUAAGAUUUCCUAGUCACCCAAUGACAAAAGUUAGGGACUAGGGUCCACAGGGCUCUGCUAGAGCACAGCCCUGUAAUACACAAACUACUGUUAGUAGCACAUUAGACUCAAAUAAUAGCAGCAUAUGCGCGUCGGUUGUUCAAACAAUCGAUAGCUCUAUUCACUAAAUAAAUUCCUAUCCAGAGGAUAAGUGUUAGAGAAUCUGAUUGGUUACCCACUGGAUAGAGAUUCAUCCAGUGGAUAGCCUUAACAACCUUUUGAAAAAUGGGGUCCUUUCCUUAGGGAGUUUUAUGUUAUGUAGGUUGUGUUUUGUACACAAUAAGCUAGAACAAAACGACAAGUAAAACGAAUGCAAACUCUGCCGAUGCCAACCUCUGGAGAUCUAAAAUUUGGAGACACACUCUUUUGCAGUACUUUCCCACUUAACUAUCCCAAAUUAGGCUUUGGUGAUUCCUGAUGUGAUAUCAAAUUCUCCAUUUGAUUUGCAUGUUCAGAUGUUGUUGAAUUGGAAGUAGAAUCUGGCAAUAAAUUGAUCAGAACUGAAGUCACUUGAGGCUUUAUUCUAUCCAUACCUUUUACAUUUGUAUUGUUUUGGUUGUAUCAAUAAAUAAAUAAAUAAAAAAUGAGUAAAUAAAUACAUUAAUAAAUGUUUAAAUACCUGUAGACAAGCUUUCUGGUAGUGUGCAAAAAAAUAUCAGGAAAUUAUGUAUUAUUUUGGUGAGGACGUACACGUUAUGUGGCAAAGAAGUCCUAUCAUGUGGCAAAUUUCUUAUUUCUUUUGAGUAGGCUGAAAUGAAGUGGCCACUGCAUACAGUCACAGCAACAUUAUAAAAUUUCAGAGGUUCUGCAUCAUGUUUCCAAAGUUAAUUAAAUUAAACAUAAAUUGAAAUUUACUUUUGUAAUCAGAUGUGAUUUGAAAGAAAUCGUGCAGAAUUACACCAUCACGUAAUAUCACUAGCCUUGAGAGGAAGCGUCCCGUCUCUAAUAAGAGAUCCUCAUGAAAUAAUUUAUCACCCCAAAUGGGAAUUAAAUCGUUAUGGUGGGGGAUGUUCCCAUGAUGCUGGGUGGAUGGUACUAAAAUUCUUUUGUUGUCUUUAGGGAUGUUCAUAAAGUUUGUAACUGGGAUGACAAGGGGCCCCAAAAAGUAUUUAAAGCUUUAAAAGAUGAAGUUACUGCAUUCAUUAAACAAGUGCAAGAGGUAAGCUACUACACUGCUGUAUGAAAAUUUAUGAGCACCUCUGGCCAGAUGGAUUCUCACUGCUUGUCCAUGUUAUUUUUAUUUAACAAUUUGUUUUAAAGAUUUGUGGGCCAUGAUGUGAACUACCAGAUCACCAGUAAUUGUGUGACAUAAGUACAUGUAGAUACAGACUUUUUGUCUAAUAUUAUACAUUGUACUCACUAUCUUAUUGACUAUGAUCCUACAGUUAAUUUUGGAAAUCAGCACAACCUACAGAUUAGCUAGUUAUCUGCUAGCAGAUAACUGACUAAUCUGUAGCCUGCACGCGCAAUGCAUGAUUUCCAAGUGCGAUGUCAAAUUGGUUCGGUGUGAUGUUGUAUUUGUCGUUAUUUAUACAAUGUAUAAUAAAACAGUUAUUAGAUUCGGUCUUUGUGAUAUCCGGAAUAAUCAAGGUCUAGGGACAUGUAAGUUUUAUCAACUUCGGCCUUUGGCUUUGCCGAUAACAUGUACCUCGACCUUGAUUAUUCCAGAUAUCACAAAAGCCUCAUCCAAUAAUCAUUUAAAAUUGUUUUGACUCACAGCGUGUAUUGAGGCACGAGGAUGAUUCCACCUUGUUAAGAGCUUACAUCAGUGAGUGGUCCAAGUUUUUCACACAAUGUAACUACCUUCCUAAGCCAUUUGGUACAUUGGAGUCUAACCUGCAGGGUAAAGCUGGAGGAGGAACAAGUAAAAGACCUCCUAAUGAUGGUAUGACAGUUCAGAAGGUACGAAAUACACCAAUGUGCAAAUAAAUAAUUAAUCUGUAUUUUGUAACUUGAAAUGAAGUUUAGGUUAAAAUGGUUUCAACCUACUUGUAAUAACAUUUUCAUUUUCCUUUGUCUCCUAACUGUAAUUAUUCAUAAACAUGAAUUGAUAAUAAAAUAAUAUUUGAAGACAAAGGAGACUGAAAAUAAAACCAGCCUAAGGAUGAAAGCCAUACAUGUACAACCUGAACUUCAUUGUGACCGGCAGUAUUACCUUUAAUGUGGUGAGUAAGGGCUCCUUUGCACCAUCAACUGUGGACGUGCGGAUGUAUAAUAAUGGUAUUCCUGGAAGAAAGGCCCAAUUAAUUCUUAUGAACUGCUAAAUUCUCUUUACUUAUUACCUUUUAUUUGGUCAGAAGUAAAAGGAGAGUUGGAUUAAUUUUUAGCAAAGCUCUCGUGCGGAAAGCGUGCCAGGGGAGCACCAUGGGUAAAAAAAUGUAUUAAUCUUGGUAAUCAUGUGACCGUACACCACCCGCCCGCCCGAGAGACCAUCCGUCCACACACCAGGCAUGCCAACGUAAAAUAACUCAAUCAACAGGUAUGGCAACCCAAAUGCAACUGGAGGUUAUUUUGGCGGGAAAUCGCAUAGCCACCGGCGUCAGAGACAACAACAGAGUCGAUAAAGACAAAAAUGGAAAGCGCAAAUUGUUUCUGUAUCCGAGUUGUCUAAAGUAUUAAAGCUUAGAUAAAUUGUCAUGUCCACAAAUUUGGAAUAUAGAGCAAGAGAAAGACAGGGAAAAAGAGAAAGUGGCCGGCAGGCCAGCGAAGCUCAACGAGAAAAAGGGCAACAGGGAUUUAGAGCGAGAGAUAAAAAUGCGAAGGAGACUCUUUUUUGUUGCAAGAACAACAUGAACAUUUUGUAGCGACGGUGACAAAAUGAGAAAUGCUAGCGGCCACCAAUGCAAGGUGAAAAUGAGUGGCAGUGAAAAAAAGUGAACGGGAACACGUACGACAUUUCCUCCAUAAAAACGUGUAACUAAGAAGUUUCUGGAAGUUUCACGUUGUAGUCCUGCAAAACAACGGCAAAGAAAUGUACAAAAAAAGUGUGCUGCACGUUCAAAGUUGUUUUUGCUAAUUAGACCUAUUGUUGUUUUUCACCAUUUUCUGGCGUUGCAUGCCUUCACUGCUUAGCAUUACACGAUUUUAUAUUUUGUUUGCACAAACUCUAAAUAUUAUCGAGAGCUUUGCUUUUUGCCCUGGCUAAAUCUAUGUAUUAGAUCAGGAGUAACUAGACUGUUCACAGCCCAUUUUUUGGUAAGAUCGUUGCAUCAAGGUCAAUCGCUUUGCAUUACAGGUGGCCAUUUUGGUUUCAAAAGUACCAAGGGGGUAGGCAUUGGGGGUUAUAGCUGUGUCCCUCCACCUCCUAAGUAGAUUUGAUGCCCAUCCCAAUGCUAGGCUUGGUGCAUUUGAAGCCAAGAUGGCCGCCAUACGGGUGCACUGUAAAUCCUUGAUCACAAGGAUCUUAUGGAAAAAUGGGAGACUUAGAACAGUCUAAGGAGUAACUUACAUGUAAAAGCCUUCUUCUAAUCAACCCUUACAUUAAAACAAGGGUGUAGAACUGCAUUGUUAUUUUUUGGGAAUCUCCUAAAAUGUAAGCAAGCUAUGUAAAUAUCUAGAUCUUCUAUAGAGAAAUCAAAUAAUUUCUGCAGAUUAUUAUAAUAGACCUUAUCUGUUCCUUGAUGUGACCUCCUGGAAAUUUUGCAAAAUUUCUGAACAUUAUUCACACCCACACAUCAGACAGCCCGUGGAGGAUCUGCUGGUCAAACAUAUGAUUUGAAUUAUUAACUGAACUAAUCCUGCUACUUUUCCUGUUUUAUUUCAAAAUAAGUUGAUGUUGGACAGUUGGAAUAGUGGAAUUUUCAGUGACAUCAAAUCACGGCUGCAGUCAAGUGCCAUGAAACUGGUACAUGCAGAGAGAAAUGGAGAGGCUUUUGACUCUCAGUUAGUUAUUGGUGUAAGAGAAUCAUAUGGUGUGUAAACCUUUCUUGUUCAUGUAAAGUGUGGUUGGUCAUAAGACUUUUAUGAUUGCUAUUCCAAGUCCAUCCACAACUGUAACUGAUUGUGGUGAUCACAUUGAUUACAAUAAUUUAUUAUUAUGGAAAUGACCCUUACAGUAGAACUGAAGUCAAUAUGUGGCACACAUUGUUGCAACAAUUACUGCAGUGUUGUUCCAUAUUUGCUGUGGUUGCUCAACUUGAAGCUAUUGUGACUAUCAUAAUGGAAACCAGCAAAAUCACAAACAUGGCAGUUUACAAUGUACAACAAACACACCAAAAAUGAAUAUUUAAAAAUGGUGUUAAGAGAAAUAACAGUUUUUAAAAAUUUCAGAUACAUGUAGUUUUGUACAACAUCAAGAGGCUCUUUUCUGGAUUUUCAGUUUAGUUUACAAUCCAAUAUUGUUAUUAUUAUUGGGCGAUAUAUUAAACAAGAGCAAGAAGACAUAUUGUGUUUCUACCUCGAAUAGUAUGUCAGUUAAGUUAAGCUGUUAAGUUAAACCUUUGGAUAACAACUCAGCUCUAAGCAAGUUGAUUGACAUCCUAGGAUUUUCCUUCUCACUGUCACAAAGUGUUUCAAAAGGAUAGUUUCACAUUAGAUCCUUGUAAUUAAACCUGCCACCUGUAUGUUCAAAAUAAUGUAUCACUUGUUAAGUGUAAGUUUUUCAGUGCUGAAAUAUUUUAUGAUAUUCUAUUGACAGUUAAUCUGAGUUCAGAUGCUUUGGACAAACUGAAGAUUUACAGAGAAAACUUUGAAAAGGCAUAUGUGGAGGCUACAGAGGGAUUCUACAGAACACAGGCUGCAGCAUACCUCCAGGAAAAUGGAGUGCAGAAUUACAUGAAAUAUGUAUGUACAUGUAUUAUGCAUGAUCAUGUUAUAUAUUUAUUCUCCCUGACACUUUUGUAGUUACAUAAGGAGUAAAAUUCAAUGGAAGCAAAAUUGAUACAUCUACAGUCUUCGUAGACUCCCACACAGACGUUCUUAGGGCUUGUCAUGCGUUCCUUCCCCACGAAUGUCAUUUGUAGGGAAGGGAUGUGUGGCUAAGUCCUGACCUCUGCUUGGGAGGGCUUCAGAUUUUGAUACAGUCCACUAGCCUCAGACUAGUUCUCUGUUUCAGUAAAAGAAUUUUGAGCCAGCCAGCAUUGCUGACCACAUUCCAGCCAAGAAUCGUGUAAUAUUCUUGGCUGACAUUAGUGUCUCUUUGCAGGCUGAAAUGAAGUUAAAAGAGGAGGAGCAGCGAGCUGUUCGUUAUCUUGAAACUAGGAAAGGCUGUGAUUCAGUUGCAGUGGUAAGCUACAUGAAUGUACAGUAUAUUUGCAGAAAUUGUUGUUUUAAAAGUAUAUUGAAUCUAAGUUGAUUGAACUAGGCAAUAUCACUUAUUAUCAGUCACUGAAAAUAGUUAAAAUAUAAGUUUGUACGUUUAAUGUAAAACUUAUAAGUAAAAAAAUAGAUGUGAAUGAAGUAUUUUAAAUUAAGUUGUCAACAAAACGAUAAAAAAAAACUUUCGUUAAAUCUUUCCUGUACUUAAUAAUGUAAUUGAUUUUUCCUUCACAGUCUUUAAUGCAUGCACACUAUGUUCUUUUUGAUGUUGUUUCCAGUUAUCAUUCUUUAUGUACAUGUACCUUCCUUUCGUUUUUUCAGUUGACAGAGUGUUGUGUAAAUGUCCUCGUUGGAAGCUUUAAAGAAACCAUCUUAGCUGAGUGUCCAGGAAUGAUCGCUGCCAAUGAAACAGAAAGUGAGUGUAUUGUUUACAAGUUCAAGAGGAUUUAUUUCAUCAAACUGUCAUGGGUAGACCUGCAAAAAUCUUGCCAUUUAGGCCGAGCUUCAAAAUAAUGGGUUUUUCUAAUUUUUGGGCUGGGCUUAAAAUAGUGUAAAACAACAACAACAGCAAUAACAAAAUCCAAUAAAUAAACGAAGACUUACACUUAAAAGAUUUUGGCUGCUACAUUGAAGACUAACAAUUCAUGUGUUUUUAGGAAAUCACAAUAAACACGUGAACACUUAUAACAAAUGCAAUGAUGUUUUCCACAGAAUUGCUAUUAAUGUUCCAGCUGAUGGAUCGCGUUAGAGGGGGAGUGGAUCCCAUGAUAGCCAAUCUAGAGUCUUAUAUUGUAACUACAGGUCUUGAUGAUAUGAAGGCAUCUGCUGAUACCAUCACGAGCGUAAGUUUAUUGGUUAUAGUGGUUUUCAUAAAAUAUAACAUACUUCAAGUAUGAGAAUGUUUUUUUCCUGAUCCCCAGUGUUUGAAGGAAUGUUAAAUGUUAAAUAAAGGACUUAUACUAUGAUAAGAAGGUACAGAUGUACGUACGGAUACAUGUAAAAUCACAGGAGUAAUGCAAGCUUCCAACAUAUUGUGUUCUCUAGUACACGUACUAGAGAAAUAUACUUUAUUUUUUUCAAUAAGCAUACUUACUUUGAGGGGGGGCGGGCGUUUUUUUCGAAGGGGCACUGAUCGAAUCGAACAUUCACAGUAAAUAUCCAAUUUGGGACUUAAAUCCUAUUGAACUUUCUUGUUGAUUUGAACUUCGAUUUGACAUUUAAUUUUACUUCUCCAGGAUCUUGUGAUUCUUUCAGCACUAAUUGACGGUUUGUGCCUCUGUUCUUUACAGGACUCUGAGAAAUAUGUGGAGCAGUUACUAAUGCUGUUUAACCGAUUUAGCAAACUUGUAAAAGAAGCUUUUAGUGAUGAUCCACGAUUUCUUACAGCUAGAGAUAAGGUGAGGCGAAAUCAGACUAGAAAAUAACAAUUUCAUUAAAACUAAAAAAUCCUGUAAAGUACAAAUAUUGAGACUUUGUUGUCACCCCGCCAACACUUCAAGAGCUUUAUGGCUCUUUAAGCGUCCUCUAUUAGAGUAGAGUUGUUGGUAAAGUAGGGAAAGCAAAAUACAUUGUACGUCAGCGCGCGUGAAUAGUCGCCACACGCGAGGAAGGUGUUUUUCUCUUCCUUCGUGUGCCACCUUCUUCGUGGGUGGCGAUUUUCACGCUCGCUCGAUUUAUUGUCCUUGAGGGUAAUGACUGACUAGUCAUAAUCUUUUCGACUGUAGGAGAGUGAUACAAUGCUGUUAGAUGUACUUGUUAUUCUAGCUAACUCCAUGGGUUACGUCACGGUGAAAUAUUUUCUGUGUUGGGGAGUGGUUGCGCUAAGCUAAGGAACGUUGCUUCUUCGGUCAUAGCUGAAGUGGGUGUAAUCGUACAGACAGUUUUGUGCCUGAAAGCAAGAGUGUUUUUUAACCUAAAUAUUAUAUUAACUACCCGGAAAGCAAGAUCUGCAUUAUUUACAGAAUACCUGUAGGUUUCCUGCGGGUACUUCUCUGUGCAGUGGUUAAACUAUGCCGAAGAUUACAUAUACAUUACGGAACGCUUAAAUAAAAGUGUUGGUGAUAUGCUGAAGAUAAUAAGUUGUUGAUUUGCUCGUUUGACAAUUUGUAUUAAAAACGACUGGAUAUUUCUCUAACAAAUUCUAUUUGUGCUGUUUACGUAGCGUAAUAAAAAUACGAAAAUAACUUAAACGUUCUUUCAUUUGAACUUUUAGGCAUUCAAGACAGUUGUGAAUGACAGUACAAUUUUUAGAUUGGAACUUCCAAACAAGAGUAAAGCGUAAGAAAAUAGUACUUGAUUUCUACAUUAAUUUUGAUUGUAGAGAAAAAAAUGUAUAAUUCUGAGUAGUAAACACACGCAUAUCAGAGUGUUUCGUGAAGAAUAGCCUCAAACAGAGAGGGGACGGGGAGGGAGGGAGGGGGUAGCUAACUGGAGCUCUCACCAAUCAGAAGCAGGGAACGCAAAUGCUUGUGGUACUAGUCUGGUAAGCUUAAAUACCAAGUAGGUGUCACGUUCUUCCCUUAAACUUUGCCGGAGCCUGGCCAGUUUUGAGAAAGAUGGUUGACAGCUAUCAGAGAGCUGUCAACACCUGUACGGAACAAAAAAUGAUGGCAAAAUUAUAGAUUAACUUUUAGCUGUCUCUAACCAGAUAAUUUCUUCAAGAGAAAAACUACCUGUUAAUUUUUGGUGUUUAACGAGAGGAGUUAUUCUAAUUCUGGGAAAAUGCUAUUACCAAGACAUGGUUCGUACAACUUCAGACAAGCAAAUUUCAAGAACUUUUCAAGGUCUUUUUAAGGACAAAUUACAGUUUUCAAAAAUCGGCAUUCUUUAACCCCCUUUUGAACACCUUAUUGGCUAAAACACAAUGGAAUCAUUUGCGAUUUUUACUUCUUCAAUCAUGGUUGAUCACUUUAUUUUGGACUACUUUGCGUAACAACACUUUGCAGUAACUAAGUAUGAAAUAAGUAUUUGAAAUAAAGAAACGGAAUCAAUGCACAAAAAUGUUUUUACGUUACCUGUGAGUUUUACAGGUUCGUACACCGAGGAGGAGCCGAAUUUUCCUCUGGGAAAUAAUCCAGUUUCACAGAAAGUGGUGUGGCGUAAACAAAAGAGUGAAUUUCAAAACCUUUUCAAGACCCAAUGAAUAAAUCAAGUACUUUUUAAGGUCUUUAACCGAAUUCAUGGACUUUUCAAGAAGACUACUAGAAGUCAAGACCCUUUCAAGAUUGUACGAACCAUGCUAGAGUAUGAUAAAUAUUUCGGGGUAUGAAUCUUGAAAAUCUUGGUAAACUGUUACACGAAAGUAUUAAAAUGAUUAAAGUAUAUCUUAAAACUUAUCUCCGUUUUUUCAAGUGGUGGUGGUGGUGGCUUGAGCGUCAAGACACAGCCAGAGUCCCGCUGUCCAGAGUUGCUGGCCAAUUUCUGUGACAUGCUUCUCAGAAAAACUCCGUACAGCAAAAAAUUAACUUCGGAUGAAAUUCAAGCAAAGCUUAGAGACGUUGUAAGUAUUUGUAACGGUAUUGAACGUGUCUGUGAGCUCUAAAUAUAACGUGAUCAAGAUGCUCUUCGUAGGCUACGAACUCGCAUAGUACCUCAGAUGUAUUUGCGAUUUAUAUUUUUUUCUUAACUUGUUUUCUUACAAAAAAAAUAUAUUAGAACAGUCAAUUCACUCUUAGACGGACACCUUUGAGAUCGACACUUAUUGUUCGUCGUAUACAGAGUUUUUCGCCUUUUAGAGAGUCAAAGGAUAUAUCCGAAGAACAACAAGGACCAGCUGUCUUGUCUUUAGGAGAUAGUUAGCCUUUGUCGCAGACGUAAUUUAACCUCGGUUAAGGUUGAUUUCUUCUGACGCGUUUUUGGCUACGCAUGUUAACGCACGUAAAUUUUAAUCACGUAAAUAAAAUAGAGACAAGAUAUAAAGUGUUGAGAUUAAACGUCAAGUUGAGCGAGGCUCUACAUUUACGCUUACGUGCGACCUUUCAUGCAUUACCUCUAUUAUAUUUGCGAACGAAAAUUUUACGCACGUACGCAAGUAAAAAAUACGCGACACUGGAAAUCAACCCUUAGUGACGUCUGCAAAGCAGCGCCGAUAUUCUUGUUCUGUUCCCCCAACGGACUCAACGAAUUACCGGAAGUUCCUUUCGAAUUUUCUUUUGUCUUGAUUGGCAAAUCAACAAUGGUAUUUUCAACAGGCCAAUCAUGUUGCGCCCUCAAAUCCUGGUACACAAGUGGGGGCCCAGAACAAGGAUUUCAGCGCUGUUUCGUUGACAGACUUAACCACAGUUUAGUUUCUUCUGUGGCGCAGUGUUAUCCCUCCUGAAACGCUGCCAGUGAAAGUGUAACUCUCUAGGAAGGGUGGGGCACCCGUAAAUUCUUAGUUAGUUUGCUGGAGUUUACGUCAGACUAAUCCCAGCUUUCCUCAAUUUCAGUUACUGGUUUUAAAGUAUGUCAUCAAUAAAGAUGUAUUCAUGAGGUAUGAAUUAUACAUAUCAGAAUAAUCGUUAUGAGGCAAAAAAAAAAAAAAAAAAAAAAAAAAAAAAACAGCUCAGUGUUAUAGACAGUCCGUCUCUUUUUUUACGCGGGCAUAUUGACGAAAUUGGCUGUUAGCGGGGUCCUCAAUGCUUACUACAGAACAAAGGGCAGCUUACACGAAAUAUAUCGUCGAAUGGAACUGAUUAUACAUCUGCACGUGUGUAACAUGUUUUGGAACGUUUCUUUGUUGUUUACUGCACGUCAGUGACGUGUAACUUCGUAAUAAUGUAACGUUUGAUUUGAGGACGUGAGCACGCGACGACGCAUCUUUCUUUUCUUUUUGGAAAGAAUACAUAUUCCUUUUAAGUGAUUAUUCUAUUGCCGUCGUCAUCGCGGUAGUUGAAUCUUCGUAAUGAGUGACGGGAAAAAUGAUUUCCAAUGAUUAAUCUAGGUAACAAGGCCGGCCAUUUCUUGUGCAACUUGUUGUGUUGCAAGAAGUAGAAGCCAUGUCAACUCCUGCGUCACGAAAGUAUGCCGUGCGCUUAGGCAAAGCAAUGAAAACUAAUGCUGUUGUGCCACGAGUUAAUUUUGGCUGCAUAUCUCAAAAGUAAUCCUUUCUUGGUGAGCAUUGUUGGGCGACGACGUGUAGUGCACUAUAUUGUAUAGGCAAACCUUCUCAGGCUUAGUAGAUGAGAAGAAAUAUAUGCGUUGUUAGAUGAACACUAUUGUUGCAUUUAGGUACCACAAGGCUCAUUUGACGAGGAGAUUAAUCCUGGACACUUCAGCUGACAGCGAAAUGGAAGAAAACAUGGUGGAAUGGCUUAGGGUAAUAUUACCUGAACCUGCUUAUGACAAAUCCUUUGUACCCAAAUUGAAAUUCACUGAAAAUUCCAAACUUUGAUUUUUAAAAUCUUAAGAAAUGAAUUAUCCUGUGUGGAAGUUAUUCCAAUACCGACAUGGGAUUUCGUCCGUAGACUUAAAACUUAUAGUGACAAAUCAUCUCACUAGCGUUAGUAUCACUGCGGGCAUCCAUCAGCUACCGAGGAGGCUGAGGUCUAUGAGUCUAUGAGAUGACAAGAUUUCAUACAGUGCAGUUCUCGGCAGUGCAAUACAAUCAUUGCAAUUUUAGCGUCCUCAAACCCGCUUUCUUGGCUACAGCGACUAACUAGUGAGGUCAAAUGAUUUGUAAGUUGUAAAGAAAAAAUAGCCAUGAAUUGUUGAAUACAACUUUUUUUUGCUCUAUUUUAGGAUGUGGGAAUGCCUGCUGAUUAUAUCAACAAACUAGCUCGUAUGUUCCAAGAUAUUAAAGUCAGUAACGACCUUAACCAGGCUUUCAAAACAGAGUAUAUGAACAAAGGUGACAUCGCAGGUAAAGCUUACAAAGUUCGUCAUCUGUGCUGUGAUUUUGCUGGAAUUAACAAAUAGCCGAUCAACGCAAAUCAUCACUACCUGGAUAAAACUUUGAGCCAGGAUAACGUAUUUCCUUUGUUGUCAAUCAGUACAUGCGAUAUAAAUGUUCUAGCGCACGCAUUCCCCCUCCUCUUAGAAUGUUAAACCUUUACGUACACCCAAAGCCGGACUAGACACACUUCACACGAGUAUGAUAUUUACUAACUUUUCGGGAGACUGUUUACAAAGGUAUCAUUUUUACGAUAAUACGCAUUUUUCCUUGGGCAAAUCUGGCCAAGGAGGGAAAGGUGCACUGAGGUAAACCUUAUGAAAAGCACCAACCCGUGAAACAAGGCCAGACCACUACACCGGGAACUCCGUGCCCUACUCUUUACGACAAGUGCGUAGGUUUUUUAACGUCCCCUGCUGACCAUAUAACACUGAAGAUGCAGGAGACGGGGCCUACGAUUUAUCGUCCUUAUCCGAGAAGACUAGAACGUCUAACCAUUUGCAGAUGUCAUUGCAAAGGCAUCAUGUUCUCCUCAGUUAUUUUAAGACCCUGAGUGGUUGUCCGGUCUAGGGCUCGAACCCGAGACCUUCCGCACAGCAGUCCGGCGCUCUACCAACUGAGCUAACUGGUGCUGUCAGGAAAAGCUGCUGAAGUGUGAUUCUCUGUUAAAACAUGUAAAAUCAGUUUCACUUUGUAGCCACAUCUUGUCUCUCACUACAACGUUUUUAUGCCAUUAUAAUUCCAACUCACUAAGCCAUUAGGGUUCAGGUUUACUCCCCCCCCCCGCUAUUUCUACAAAAUAAUUCAAUGUAGUACAGCGUCUUUCAAUUGCCUGUGCCCACUUCAUUGUAACAAGUCCUGGAGCCUGCGUUUGAUUAUUAAAUCGUACUCUUCUUUCAUGCAGACUCGGUCAAUAUCAAGAUACUGAAUGCUGGAGCGUGGUCCAGAGCUUCAGAAAGAAUACCUGUUUCACUACCUACUGAGGUGAAUGCCUCGUUUUUGUUUUGGUUUUAUGCAAGUUGUUUUUUCGUGGCAGUGGACUUUAGUUCUACCGUCGUCAGUAUAAAUGGGCAGUUCUCGAUGUUACCGACAAGGAAGCUUUAUGAUUGGCUGGAAUAUCUCGCACUACUCUCUCAACUUGGACGUUUUUCUCUGAUUGGUUCAUUUGAUUGUCAGCCUGUAUUGUGAUCGGCUAUUUGAGUAAUUUCACCUUGGUCAAAAGAGAGAAAUUUCCAAAAGCCAAGCAAAGUACUCUAAAACUAAGGUUGUUACUUCAGAAACUAAUAUAUUUCCGAUAUGUUGUUGUAGUACCAAACGAUUUGGAAGUUUGCUAAAAAAGCUCUGAACGUUUGAAGUCGUUGCCAUUUGUCAGCAGAAUUUUACUCGGGAACGCAUUGUUUUCAAGGAAAAGAAGCUCAUUAUUUGCAGAAAAAUGUAGAGAAAAUUAAAUCGAAAUAAAAAUUUUAAACAUCCUUGGUCAUUUUCCUCUUAACGGUGAAUGAAAUCCUACUUAAUAAAAUAAUAAAAAACAUUUCAAACUAGGCUUGAAAGCGGUCGAUUUUAGCGAUCACUCAAGUUUGAUUUUCAAUUCACAUUCAGUCUCUAAAACACACGUUGCAAAUGAGAAGGUUGUUUCUAAUGAAAGUUAACAAACCGUUUUCGUUUUAGCUGGAAGAUUAUAUCCCUGAGGUGGAAGAAUUUUACCGGAAAAACCACAGUGGCCGAAAAUUACAGUGGCAUCAUCUCAUGUCGAAUGGAGUGGUGAGUUAGUUGAUAAAGUCUUUCUUUAGCUUUCUUUACAGUUAACUCUUUCUCAACAGACACUUCUAUAAGACGGACACCUCUAUUGGAGAGACACCUCUAUAGGAUGGACACCUCUAUAGGAGAGACACCUCUAUAAGUCGGACACUUCUAUAAGACUGGCACGUCUCUAAGACGGACACCUCUAUAGGAGAGACAACUCUAUAAGACUGACACCUCUGUAAAACGGACACCUAUAUAAGAGAGACACCUAUAUAAGACGUUAAGACGGACACCUGUUUUUGGUCCCUGCUGUUUUUCAGUCAUUUUACUGUAGCUAUACUCUCUAUAAGACGAACACCUCUCUAACACAGACAACGGACACUCUUGAAACCAUCAACGGACAACUGGGAAGUGUUUUAUACAGUGAAAAAUACUUCAGAACAAAAUUUUAGUUGCUCUACAUGACAGUAAAAGUGCUCCAGUUCGCAGAAUGUGUACUGUUACGGUUUUAGACCAUGAGGCCGUGUUAGUUUGCUUGUAAUGAACAUAUCAUUUCACAGUGACGACAUAAUUCAACUUUUCUAGUGUACAAUAUUCCAGUUUUAGCUGUUUUGUACAAGCGUCGUGUAUUCAUUGCGAAAAAGGCUCAGCUGUAAAAUUAUUGGUAUUACGAUACCUUGACGUUCUCUCAACUAAACACCUCUCUGAGACGGACAGUCAGGGCCGGUACCGAAGGUGUCUGUCCAAGGGACAGUUGACCGUAUGAACAAAAAGACUUCGGGUCAGACCAAGGUGUCUUCGAGUUCUUGGUUUAAAGGACACAGCAGAAGUUCGCUGGAAGCGAUGAACAAAUUUCAUAUUUUUCACCUCCUAGAGAUCAUAGUACAUACGCACGUGUUUGUAAAUUCUACUUCCUUUUUUCACCUGCUUUAAAUUUUAUACAAAAACAAAAUCGACACGCCCUUAUGUUGUUCAAUCACUGGGCUGAAAGGUUGAAUCUCGUUUAUCACGCUUUCUUUAGUAACUUGUGUUCGCCAAUGCUUUGGCUUGUCGACACGUAUUUCACGCAGAAGUUGUGCAGUUUUACUAACGUACUAUUAGCUGUUUUUUCUUUUUUGUCUUGAUACACCACAUCUGUCCAUUUACUAAAUUAGUAAUUUUAAACCGAGAUCUCUUUCGAACAGUUGAUAUAAUAACGGACGAAACAACUACCAACAUUGCUGGCCUGAAAAAUGUUGCGAGUUGUUGGAUAGUGUUGGCAGAGGUGUGCAAACGGACGCAUCAACUCCCAAUAAUGUUGGGACUCGCAGUGGAUUAUUCCAUAAUCAGAAUUCGAGCGACAAUAUUUUGACACACGUGAUUGAUGUUUAAGGAGACCAUGUGUAAUUCGUGAGCGUGGCCCCAACAAUGUCGGAAGAGCUGCGCAAAUCGACCCAACAUUGUUGCGCUACGCUUUGGCGAUCACAGAACAAAACUAAUGUUGGGAGUUGUUGGUGCAAAAGUUUCACCGGUUUCAAACUUUGCGCAACAAGUCCCAACAACACGCAACAACAUGCAACAGGGUGUGCAAACGGACGCAACAUGUAAAAUCCAACAAUUUUGCGUUCGUUUACACGGGACUUUAGAACAUUUUGUAAGAUAUUGAUUUAGUCUUUUUGAGACACUGGAGUCUUCUUUUAAAGAUCACGUUUGCCAACAAAAUUGGGAAAUUUGACCUUGAAGUGACGACUUUUCAAAUGGCUGUUCUCUUUGCCUGGAAUGAGCGACCACACGAGAAGAUAUCCUUCGAAAAUUUGAGGUCAGUAAAGUACAGCCUUGUUUUGCCUUUCUUCAUGUUUGGUAUUUAGUACAUACAACUCUAGAACUGGAGCUUAUCGCAGCCUUCGCCAGAGACGGAACUAAAAGUCUGGUUACGCGUUCGGUUGCAAUCCAGUGCCGUAAUCUUUGUUCUGGGCCCAGGCUGUGUACCAGGAUUUGAGUACGCGCCGUGGUUGGCUUGUUAAAAAGCCAUUGUUCGACUGCCCAAUCUUGCAACGCACUUCAGAAUGAAGUCGAGAGCAAGGAUUUCGUCGCUAUUUCGCAGAAGCUGUUAGCCUUGGUUAGAUUUCCCCUGUCUCAGCCAUUGGCCGAAGUGAACAAUAUGAGUCUCGGUGUAAGGGCAUAGCAUGAGUCAUCUUGAAAAUAGUACUUACAGAAGGAGUUGUUAUCUCAGCCAAAAAAAAGCGAAAUUACUCUCAAGCAUUCAUUAGAAAUUUUUGUUUUUCUUUAUCCUCUUUAUCAUACGCAAAAGAAAAAUUAAUAUUAAACCAGGGAGAAAGUUGAACCGCUACGUUGAUCAGAUAUUGAAUGCGUGUUCUUUUCAUUUUGCAGGCUUGCUUCCGAACUUCCUGAUUCGGAACUCAGGAGGACAUUGUGGGUAAGCUUUGUGAUUUCUAAUUGUUAACACACUGUUUAUACUACUACGUGAGAAAUUUCUGCAAUUUGAUUGGCUUAGAGCAGUGGUGUUUCAGCUUAAUUUGAAAUACCUACAUGUGAAAAUUACAAACCUUUUGUGGGUAGUAGUAUAAACAAAUAAUAGCAUUAUUUGUUCGUGAUAUUUGGCAUAAAUACCACUCGUGAUAUUUCAAAAUUGUCUCAAAUUUCACUCGCCUAACGGUUCGUGAAAUUACGUUUAACAAUUUGGAAAUAUCACUCGUGGUAUUUAUGCCAAAUAUCACUACAAAUCAUGCUAUUACCUGUGCUAAUUCAGGUCAGUUCGGUUUUACUGGCGCAAUUACAACAUGUAGUUUCUUACUCAUGCUCGUACGCCAUUAUAUCUCCGGAAGGAGAGGGAUCAAGAAGUUAACCAUAUAUUAAGUUCAAGUUAAGUUAAACUGCUGACUGCAGCGACUCAAAACAUGCGUUUUUUUUCUGAGUCCUUCCUUCCUUCGCCCCGACUGUUUUGCAAAACCAAAUAGCCGACUAAAAACCCUGCAUUGCAAUCAUUACUAUUCUUGUGGAGAAGUAUCAUUCACUUUUUUAGACUUCAGGCAGUUGCACCGAGCAUUAUACUUAUUCGUUCACUCGUAACAUGCUCGCCUCGUGUUCGUUUCUUACGUCAAGAGGGUAACAUGCUUGCAUCGUGCUCGUUACAUGCUCGCAUCACGCUCGUUAUAUUCUCGCAUUGUGCUUGUAACAUGCUCGCACUAUGCUUGUGACAUGCUUACUGCGUGCUCGUAACCGGCUUGCAUCGUGCUCGUAUUAUGCUCGCAUCUUGCUCGUGACAUGCUCGCAUCAUGCUCGUAACUUGCUCGCCUAAUUCUCGUAAUAUGAUCGCAUAAUGCUCGUAACGUGCUCGCAUCAUACUCGUAACAUACUCGGAUAAUACUCGUAAUAUGCUCGCAUAAUGCUUGUUACUGACAUGCUUGCUUCAUGCUUGUAACAUGCAAAAUGUUAACAAAAUGCUCGUAACAUGCUCCUUCGGACGACAAUCCUGAUUGACUGCUGGUCUUCUACACUUUAAUUCAGGUUGAACGCUAUAAACCUUAUAGUUAUUGGCUCUGUCACUUCAAACUCUGUUUAAUUGUCAGUUGAUAUUCAUAUUUAAUUCGCGUUCAGCCUGCAUCAUGCCCUCUCCCUUUAUCUCUGUAAUCUGUGUUCGGGAGGAGGGCAUGAUACAUUUCUUUUACAGAUCACAUACAAAAAAGCCAGAAUCUGGACUUUUUUCGGAUUGGAUAGGAAACAAUACGGACGAUUUGCGCUGUUCCGAUUGGCCAAAACGCCGCCAUCCGUUAGUUGUUGUUGAUUUCAGUCAAAUUAAGGAGCGGUUGAUGGCUUGUUAAAUAAAUGUAUGAGGCGUUAUUUUUUUUCCUCUCGAGCCAAAUAAGCAAAAAAAAAAUAGCGCCUGAUCUCAGGUUAGUUCGCGUUAAGAUCCAUACGCCUAUUUACAUUUGAAACUCUUCUCUCUUUUGUAGUCACUAGUUGCCUUCGCCAAACUCAAGCGUCAAAUUCUUAUUUGUCAUCCCGAGGCUAAGUCUCCAAAAGAUUUCAGCGACAGUUCGUUAUUCUGGGUUAAUCAAGAGUUUGCUGUCAUGUAAGUUUGUCGAGGAUUCUCUUCUAAGUUUACUUCAUAGAGGAGGUACCUGGUCAUGCAAACUUCUCUGAGGUCACGUUGUUGUCCGAUAAAGUUUUGCGUGACAUUCUCAUGGGGACUCCUAAAUGUGUUUGCUUGUUUGUUGAAACCCAAAUAGCCGCUAAGUGGUCACUAUUGGAUAGCGUGUACCCACAUGUACGCUACGUAAAGCUUGCAGGAUGCAAACGAGAUUUUCCCUUCUUUCUUGAGUAGGUUCCUUUGUUUUUUUCGUUUCUGAUCCAUGCACGGUGUCUACUAGCAAUCGUUCCUCCUACUGUUAAUUUUUUUAAAAUUUUCUAUGGCAUUUUUUCUGUUUAAUUUUGUCUCUCUCUUUCAAUCAGUAAAAAUGGCAAGGUACAGAAACGCGGCAAGGUGAAUCUCAUUGGACGGCUACAGCUUUCCACAGAGAAAACAAAGCAAGAAGAGAAUGACGGUAUAGUGGCGCUUAGGAUUCUUAGAAUACAGGUGCGAUGCUACAUAUUUUUUUCUUACCUCUUGCCGCUUAUCACUCCAUUCAUUUGCAACUUAAGUUUCUUCGCAAUUAUGCAUUCGCAAUCUUCCAUCUAAAAAUCUCAAUUGGCAGAUGUUAGUCGAAGAAAAGGAAAGGAGGAUUAUAUUGUGUAAAACAUUGACUUAUCUUUCGCUUUUAUGUACUGUUAUAUUGGGAGUGUACUGAAUAGUUUGAUUAUGCUCUUGAAGUCACUGUCAGUAAGGUACCCUGUUUUAAAACAAAAUGCCACCCAUUUAAAACAGUGAGAACUCAUUCAGCCGUUGGGUUGUUCAACGGAAUGUCCUUUCCGGUGUGUGAUUAAUAGAAAGGGACUACGAACGUGUUUUUACCCAGGUGUAGCUGCACCAAACGUUAGAGUGGAUCUAGAAUCCCGUUCACGGCAAACGCAAACGGUCAACGGCUUCAGUGAAAAUGACCCUUGUAAUCUGGUUGGCUUUGUUUUUCAGGAGGCGAUUGUUAAGAUCAUGAAGAUGAGAAAGAGAAUAACGAAUGCUGCCCUUCAAACAGAACUUGUCGAAAUUCUUAAAAACAUGUUCAUCCCACAGAAGAAGAUGAUAAAAGAACAAAUCGAGUGGCUCAUAGACCAUAAGUAUCUCAGACGGGACGAAGAGGAUAUAAAUACGUUCUUGUACGUGGUAUAACCACGGAUAACGAUGCCUUUUGCAUUAAAACAAAACGCCCAGUAAAAGGCUCCUUCACACGGCAAAAUUAAGCUUCCGAGCUCAGGUUUGUUCGUCUUAGCACCACCUAAGCCAGCUUGUAGAAUUUUUGCCUACACAAAGUGCAAAAUUUAAACUGCUGUUUGAACAGAGUCGACCUACAGCUCGAGCUUCAUAAAACCGCAUUUGAAAACUACUAAAAUAUUGUUGAAGAACCGUAAGUACUGUUUGCCAAUACUGUUGAGUAUUGCCAAACUCUUUACAUUGAGGACUAGUUUUCAACCUUGCAUUAUGAUCUGUAAACUCUGUAUGCUGACUCAGAAAUCUCUACCAGGCUUCUGGCUGGUAUAAUGUACUUCUUUUCUCAAUGCAGCCAACAAAUUAAAUACGAAUCAAAGAUGGUAAAACUAGGAGUUCCUCAUCCAAAGUACCAUGUAUUGUUAAGACAUAGUGUAGUGAGUCGUGAA